UCUACAAGCUGGCAGGAAUGCAACAUGAGUGCUUUUGGGCAAAUACUAACCGAGAUUGGGCAGUUUGGACUGUUUCAGAAGCGCCUGGUGGUGGCCAUUAGUGUUCCCAACUUUUUCAUGUCGUUUCAUAUGUUUGCCCAGGUGUUCACUGGCAUUAGUGUCCCACAUUCCUGCAAAAGUGACUGGAUCUUGAAGAUCAAUUCCAGCCUAACAAAGGAGGAACAGAAAAACCUAACUAUUCCCAGAGAUGAGGAUGGCUUCUUUAAGAAGUGUGAGAUGUAUAUCCCAGCUAACCGGAGCUUGGAGAACAUUGAAAACGACGGGCAUAAUGAGACCAUCGAGUGCAACGAUGGAUGGAAUUAUGAGAGCCUGCAGUACAGCUCAACGUUAGUAACUCAGUUUGAUUUGGUUUGUGGCAAUAGUCAGCUGAACGAGAUCUCACAGUCACUAUACAUGGCCGGUCUCCUUGUGGGGGCCCUGACUUUCGGUCCUCUAGCUGACAGGUUUGGUCGCCGUCCAAUUAUCAUGAUUUCAGUUUUCUUGGAAGUUGUUUUUGGAACGGCAGCAGCAUUUUCACCAAAUAUCUAUGUCUAUAUGGCCUUUCGUUUUAUAAUUGGAUCUUCUAUAGCAGGAGUAAUAAUAAACUCAUUUACUUUAGGUACUGAAUGGUGCGGAGUGAGUAAACGCUCAUUAGCAACUAUAAUUACACACUGCUUUACUGGUGUUGGCUUGAUGACUUUGGCUGGCAUUGCUUAUGGUGUUCGUGACUGGAGAAUACUGCAGCUUGUGCUGUCUCUUCCUGCUACUGUUCUUGUAGUUUAUUUCUGGAUUCUCCCUGAAUCUGCUAGGUGGCUUCUGACACAAGGAAGAACUGAAGAGGCCAAGAAGCUUAUAGCAAAAGCAGCACAUGUGAACAAACAGAAGGUGCCCUAUGAACUGCUGGAAAAGAUGGAAGUUGAGAAGUCAAGCAGAAGGGGAAGCAUGUUGGAUCUUUUCAGGAUAUCCCAUCUAAGGAAAGUGACACUAAUUAUGUGCUAUGUCUGGUUAGUCAACAGCCUUGUAUAUUAUGGACUGGGACUCAACGUGGGAACCUUCGGGCUUGAUAUAUAUUUAACCCAAUUUAUUUUUGGAUUGGUGGAGAUCCCUGCAAGAAUUGUAUGUGUCCCCCUCAUUGAGAAGUAUGGAAGAAGGAAAUGUCAGAGUUUUUUUCUGGGUCUGGGUGGAAUUGCUUGCCUUCUAAUUUUAGCUGUCCCGGAAGGUAUACCUGUUGCUGUUACUGUCCUUGCUGUUCUUGGAAAAUUUACCAUUUCUUCUUCUUUCUCUAUUUGCUAUGUGUAUGCUGCAGAACUGUUCCCAACUGUUUUAAGACAGAAUGGUGUUGGGUUGACAUCCAUGGCUGCUCGUGUGGCUGGAAUCAUUGCACCCAUGAUCAGACUACUAGAAGUGUAUCACAAGUCCAUUCCCAUGGUGAUAUAUGGAGUAACUCCAUUGAUUGGAGGACUUCUUUGCUUUUUCUUGCCUGAGACCCUGAACAAGGAGCUGAUGGAUUAUGCAGAUGAGUUUGUCCAGUCCAAUCAGAGCACAAAGAAUAAAAAUGAUGAAAAACCUUGCCAACAAUAUGAAAACCCUCAACACAUAAUAAAAAGCAGUUGGUUGUAAUUGUGUUGCAACAUGAACACUCACCUGACUUUAUAGUUAUUAACAGUUUCUUGCCCAUUUUAUAGCCAUGAGUGCCAUCUACCCUGGUGCUAAGCAAAGACGGUGCAACACAGGACAGCUCAUCAUGGAGGUUCUUCACUGUCAGGUUGCUUCAGGGCUCUUUUAUGAUACUCUUUGCUAUGAAAUGAGAGCUUAAAAUGCUGCAUACUUAAAUCUUUUUGCUACUUGAAUGUUUAGUGUCUGAAGUUUAGCAAAAUUGGAAAUCAGUGUUGUUUUGCUUGUUUGGUUAAUAGAAAAAAACACAAUAAGAAUUUAGUUUAAUCUUUAAUUGGAGCACAUUAACAUGGUGAAUUUAUGAUUGUGACAUUACUGUGGUUGUCUGUUACUGUCCUGUUAUCUUUCAAGACAAAAUGUACUAAUUGUUGGGUAAUGUGAUAAUAAUGAUAACUUCAUCUGAUGCUCCCACUGUGAAUCAAGCACAAUCGAUGGGGCAGGGUGGGGUUUCUUCCGGGUUUGGCCAUGGCCAACUGUGCCACUGUGAAUCGGUUUCGAUCGCAGGAGCAGUGUAGGGGGGCGGCGUUUGAUCAGGGGUCAACCAUGGCCCUCCUGCAAUGUUGCCAUGGCCCACAGAUUGUGAAAUGUGUGAAAUGCUGUGUUAAACUGUUCAUUAUCUCUACAGCUUGUCCUGUUGAUGUUUAAAUGUCCAAGUGAUG